GUCUUUUCCACGUUUGCAAACGCCGCCGAGCGCCCGGGCUCGCCCCACGCGCCCGAGCUCUGUGCGCCCUCGCCGGCUCCGCGCCGCGCCCCCUCCUCUCCUCGCUGCCCCGGAUGGCGGUCAGGGCCCGGAGUUGGCGGCCCCCGCCCCCGCCGCUGCUCCUGCUCCUGCUCUGGGUGACGGGGCAGGCGGCCCCCGUGGCGGGCCUGGGCCUGGGCUCCGACACCGAACUGCAGAUCGAGCGGCGCUUCGUGCCCGACGAGUGUCCGCGCACCGUGCACAGUGGCGACUUCGUGCGCUACCACUACGUGGGGACGUUUCCCGACGGCCAGAAGUUCGACUCCAGCUAUGACAGAGACUCCACUUUCAACGUGUUUGUGGGAAAAGGGCAGCUGAUUGCAGGGAUGGACCAAGCUCUGGUCGGGAUGUGUGUAAAUGAGAGGCGUUUUGUGAAGAUCCCUCCAAAGCUCGCCUACGGAAGUGAAGGGGUUUCUGGUGUUAUCCCCCCAAAUUCAGUGCUGCAUUUUGAUGUCCUUCUGAUGGAUAUUUGGAAUUCGGAAGAUCAGGUUCAGGUUCACACUUAUUUCAAGCCCCCCAGUUGCUCUCGGACCAUCCAGGUGUCUGAUUUUGUAAGGUACCACUACAACGGAACGUUCUUGGAUGGGACACUGUUUGAUUCGAGUCACAAUCGCAUGAAAACAUAUGACACAUAUGUGGGAAUCGGCUGGCUGAUUCCCGGCAUGGACAAAGGGCUGCUGGGGAUGUGUGUGGGGGAAAAGCGCAUCAUCACCAUACCUCCUUUUCUGGCCUAUGGAGAAGACGGAGAUGGGAAGGACAUUCCUGGACAGGCAUCUCUGGUCUUUGAUGUCGCAUUAUUGGACCUCCACAAUCCCAAGGAUGGCAUUUCCAUUGAGAAUAAAGUAGUGCCUGAAAACUGUGAGCGGCGAAGUCAAAGCGGGGACUUUCUCAGGUAUCAUUACAAUGGCACACUUCUGGAUGGCACAUUCUUUGAUUCCAGCUACUCGCGGAACCGCACUUUUGACACGUACAUUGGGCAGGGCUACGUGAUUGCUGGGAUGGAUGAAGGUUUGCUCGGCGUUUGCAUUGGAGAGAAGCGGAGGAUCGUGGUCCCCCCUCACCUGGCGUACGGCGAGGAAGGAAGAGGAAACAUCCCAGGCUCAGCUGUGCUGGUGUUUGACAUCCACGUGAUUGAUUUCCACAACCCUUCAGACUCCAUCAGCAUCACCUCACACUACAAGCCCCCUGACUGCUCCGUGCUGAGUAAGAAGGGCGAUUACCUCAAGUACCACUACAAUGCCUCGCUUCUGGAUGGCACCUUGCUGGAUUCCACGUGGAAUUUAGGCAAGACGUAUAAUAUUGUUUUGGGAUCUGGACAAGUCGUGCUGGGAAUGGAUAUGGGUCUCAGAGAGAUGUGCGUUGGGGAGAAACGGACAGUGAUCAUUCCACCCCACCUGGGCUAUGGGGAGGCCGGCGUGGAUGGAGAGGUGCCUGGCAGUGCCGUGCUGGUGUUUGACAUCGAGCUGCUGGAGCUCGUGGCUGGCCUGCCCGAGGGGUACAUGUUCGUGUGGAACGGCGAGGUGUCCGCCAACCUCUUUGAAGAAAUCGACAAGGAUGGCGAUGGAGAGGUCCUCCUGGAAGAGUUCUCAGAGUACAUUCAUGCCCAGGUGGCAUCUGGCAAAGGGAAACUCGCUCCUGGAUUCGAUGCUGAGAUGAUUGUGAAGAAUAUGUUCACCAACCAGGACCGGAAUGGAGACGGGAAGGUCACGGCUGAGGAAUUUAAACUCAAAGACCAGGAGGCCAAACACGAUGAACUCUAAACCUUGGCCCCUUGUGUGACACCAAGGCCCCCUGUGGUGGCAGAAUGUACAGUGAGGAUUUGAGGGUCUCUCAGAAGGGGAGUCGUCAGCAAGUAGUAGCUGGGUCACGUGGUACCUGGGACAUACACCGGGGUGGCUUGAUACACAUGGUGAGAAUUUUAGGCCAGUGCCAGUGAUACUAAACAAAAGCAUCGUGGGAGCCUUAGCGUGGGUUGCAUAGAACAUCAAAGAGGCUGCGUUGUCAGCUAUUGUUUUGUGAGCCUUUGGGUAGUCUUGUUAUUAAAAGAAAAUAGUGUCAUACAGAAGUUAUAAUCCACUUGGAGGAAAGAAGAAAAAGUGCCUAGGGUAUCUACAAAACGAGGACUAAAAUUUUUUGUGUGUUUUUAAAAAAGUGUUCUCCAGAUGGUCAGAAAAGAGAGGACAUGCCCCAGCAGGAUUCCCAGACAGUUCCAGGAAGUGUUUCCCAGCACCCUUUCUAGGCUCUGGUAAUGCCCAGCCUCCAAGGUGCCUCUACACUUGGACACACACACACUUUUCUAGUAAAUCACACUCCACCUCAUUGUGGUCCUCCUUGGCCAGGUAGCUUGGAGGAUAAAAAGGAGAUGGAUGGAACAAAAGGCAUCUUGGAACAAAAGGCAUCUUGGACCACAAGUAGAGAAUUUGAUUCUGCAUUUGUCUUGUAGGAGUACCUGCUUCACUCUUUCCUAUCCCCACCACUGUAUCCCAUGGCACCCUCUCAUCCUGAAUCCUUUGAUCAGAUAACAUGUAGGGCUGAUGGCCAAGCCGAGCUCCAGAGCAUCUCACUGUGGCCAAGAUGGAAAUGUCAUCCUGGCAGUGAGCAUACACUAAGUGACAUAUUCCUGCCACUCGUCUUGGAGAGGAAGGUGUCCCAAGGCCUGGGGGCCUCUCGGUGUAGAAGGACAUUACACCUCCUAGCCUGUCCCACGUUAUGCAGAAACCACCCGGCUGCCUUAUGUCUUCUGUUCCCCAGUGGUGGUGGCACUCACCCUGAAGUAAUCCAUCGUUUUCCUUUUGAAAUGGCUGUUUGACUAAUUUAAACUAUUUUGUACUGAUGUAGCUGAGAUAGUUCAUGAAAAUGCUGUGCACUCAUUCAAUGGAAUAAAUGUUGGAAAAUGAAUCUUA